AUGGUGCUAGGUAUUAGAAGCCUAGAAUUAGAGCCAUUAAAGGGCGGCUAUUACGUCUGGCAUUAUGUCCCCUCCAUAGCAGCAUCCGUGAUCUUCGCCGUCCUGUUUUUCGCAAUCACAGCCGUCCAUUUCUGGAAACUGUUCAAAACAAAAGUCCGAUUUCCCAUUCCUUUUGCAACUGGCGGACUAUGCUACGCCGCUCGAGCAGCCUGCACGAACCAAACUGGCAAACUGAUGCCCUACAUCACCCAAAGCAUCUUCUCCCUCCUAGCACCAACCCUCUUCGCUACCGCCGUCUACAUGGCCCUAACCCGAAUAAUCCGCAGCGUUAACGGCGAAAAGUACUCCUCAAUCCGGACAAACCUCGUCACAAAAAUAUUUCUCAGCUGCGACAUUAUCACAUUCUUCAUCCAGGGUGGUGGUGGCGGCAUGAUGGCCGAGAGUAGCCUGACAAAAAUGGGCCAGUGGAUCAUUUUGGCUGGAUUGAUCUUGUAG